UUUGACCGAUCCGACCCGAGUCAGUUCGACCGGCCCCGCUGUCGAAGGAACAGAGGUUACUACUACAGCGAUUGAAAACGCAAAACGGAAAAAAAGAUUUUCCAGGAGACUUUGUUACUAUUCUGACACGAACAGUCUCCGCGGUUUCCAGUGUGCUACUAUUGCUACUGUAAACAACAGCAGCAACAACAAAAACACAAAAUUUAGGUUAGUAGCUCAGUAUAAGAACAGCGCUCGAGAUCUUCUUUCAUUCUUGAUCUCUAACACUGUUCAGAAAUUCUUUAUGCAAAGCCAUCAUGGUUUUGGGAACACUUCAGACAAGCCGUGUGAUGAAUAAAGAGUCAGAGAAGAGUUGUCACAAACGAAACCAUGGAGCUUCAUGUAAUGGCAGUAAUGGAAAGCAUGAAGACUUGGGUACGAAUGGAACCAGUGGUAGUUGUAGCUAUGACGAAAGUGCCGGUGAAGAAGAUACUCUAACGAUGCAUGCUGAUGCGGAUGGGGAUACACCAUCUGAUGUUGAUGUAUCUAGAAAGAAAAAGCAGAGAGAAAUGACUUUUCAAGGGAUGUACAACGUGUUUGAUUUUGAUGAUGAUGAAGAUGACAGUGACUGGGAGCCUGUACAAAAGCGUCUAGAGAUCGUGAAGUGGUUUUGUACCAACUGCACAAUGGUUAAUCUUGAUGAUGUUGUUCAUUGCGAUAUAUGUGGUGAACAUAAAGAAUCUGGUAUCCUGAAGUAUGGGUUUUUUGCAUCUCCUAUUUUAGAAGAUACAGGUCUUAUAGAGAUUGAGACAGAAACAAAGGGGAGAGACAAAGAUGGGUGCUCACAACAAUCGUCUUCAUCCUCGAAUGGGUGUACAGCGAUUGGUUUUGAUGAAAGAAUGCUGCUACAUUCAGAAGUUGAAAUGAAGUCACAUCCUCAUCCAGAAAGACCUGAUCGCCUUCGAGCUAUAGCUGCUAGCCUUGCUACUGCUGGUAUAUUUCCUGGAAGAUGCUAUCCAAUUUCUGCAAGAGAAAUUACCCAACAAGAACUUCAGAUGGUGCAUUCCUUGGAGCAUAUUCAAGCUGUAGAAUUUACAAGCCAUAUCUUCUCUAGUUACUUCACUCCCGAUACAUAUGCUAAUGAGCAUUCAGCUCAUGCUGCUAGGCUAGCAGCAGGUUUGUGUGCUGAUAUUGCUUCAGCGAUUGUUUCUGCCCGUGUCAAAAAUGGGUUUGCUCUGGUCCGGCCUCCUGGUCAUCAUGCUGGCAUAAGGCAAGCCAUGGGAUUUUGUCUCCACAAUAAUGCUGCUGUUGCUGCAUUAGCUGCUCAGGUUGCAGGUGCAAAGAAGGUUCUGAUAGUCGACUGGGAUGUGCAUCAUGGAAAUGGCACACAAGAAAUAUUUGAGCAGAACAAAUCGGUAUUGUACAUAUCCUUGCAUAGACACGAGGGAGGAAAAUUUUAUCCUGGCACUGGAGCAGCUGACGAGGUUGGUAGCAAGGGUGCAGAAGGGUAUUGCGUAAAUGUUCCAUGGGGUCGUGGAGGAGUUGGUGACAGUGAUUACAUUUUUGCAUUCCAGCAUGUUGUGCUACCGAUAGCUGCUGAGUUUGCUCCUGAUUUUACUAUCAUAUCAGCUGGAUUUGAUGCAGCAAGAGGUGAUCCUCUGGGAUGCUGUGAUGUAACACCUGCUGGUUAUGCACAGAUGACAGAUAUGUUGUAUAAUCUGUGUGGUGGAAAGUUGCUUGUUAUUCUUGAGGGCGGCUACAAUUUACGUUCAAUUUCAUCUUCUGCUACUGCGGUGAUUAAGGUAUUGCUGGGUGAAGAAGGUACUACAUGUGAAUUGGGCAACAUUGUCCCUUCCAAAGCUGGCCUGCAAACUGUUCUGGAAGUCCUGAAGAUUCAAAUGAACUUUUGGCCAUCUCUAGGGUCUAUCUUUGAAAAAUUGCAGUUGCAGUGGGUACCAUCCUGUUUGCAGAGUAAAAAAGAACAGGUUAAAAAGAGACGCAGGAUUGAUGCGCCAGUGUGGUGGAAAUGGGGAAGAAAGAGUUUAUUGUAUCAUUUUCUUAGUAGGCAUCAUCAUGAAAGACGAAAGGGACACUGAUUGAAUCAAUCUUCUAUUCAUCCAUCCUUAUCUUGGCAAUUUUUGUAUAUCAGGAUUUCCAAUGUAACUCGUUUAGGGCGACUGCUGUCUCACUUGUACUUGUGGUUUUUAUGUCACGUAGGUCUGAGAACCAACAGUUUCUUCUGUCAGCUUUUCCUUGAUCACUUAGAAUUUGCACAGUAUUUUUUAAACAAUGCCUUCAUUUUCUCUUAAA